AUGAAACACUAUCACGCAUCUUCCAGCAAAAUGGGGGAGACUGCUGGUAGAAAAUCAGCAAAAAAAUCAUUUAAAUCACAAAAUCAACAAGGACCUUCCAGCAUAAAGAAGGGAACAGAUGGAGAAGGAAGGAAACAAGCUCAAAAACCAAAGGUUACUCAGCCAGUCAAAAGGAAAGCCAAAGAACAUGAGGACUAUUCCCCUGCAGGAGAAAAAGGUUCUUCAAAAAAGGUGAAGCUAACCAGUGCUAAAAUAGGAUCUUGGCAGAGUCUUUCAGAGAGCAGCAGGCAAUUUCUGGAAACUGUAAUGGAUUCAGUAAUACUAUCUGUUUUGUGCCAACAAAAUAAGAGAAAAGAUGAUGUUCAGAAGGACCUUAAUUUACUGAGAGAAAGGGUGCUGAGAUUUUUCAAGACGAUAAAGGUGCCUCCAGGGAAGCUGGGCAACCUGAAGAAUGUCCCGAACCUUCAAAUGGCAGAGAAACAAACGCUUGAGACAAAUGAAGAGUCUUUGGUACAAUUGCAGGAAGAAAUAAAUGAAGCUGAGGACACAGCAGAACACAUUGAAGAGUCUAUACAGCAGCUGCAGUACAAAAUCCAGGUCCUCAAGAACCAGUUAGAGGAAGAUGAAAAAAAGGCCAGGAAGGUAUUCCAGAAAGAUGUAAGUGGAGCACUCCACCUUCCAGAUCUCCCCAAGCGGAGUUUACAGGCACCUACUUUGCAGGAAGAAAUUUUGAAGAUAAAAAAUCAGAAAGGUCUUUUAAAGGAUAUGAACACUAUUCAGCAGUCAGCUGACUUGAGGAACAUGUUAACCCUCAUUGAAAAGACCUAUGAGAAGGUAGACCUCCUUUGA